GCAUACCGCAGCUGACCAAGUACCCGGUUAGACAGAGAGAAGCCUAGAGAAAAAAGAUUUCGAGUUGCGAUAGUUGUUGAAUUUGUGUUUUAGGAAUAGAUGCAGCGUUUAUACUAGCGGAAACGAGAAUAUGAGACGUGGGAAACCACCCCAGGAACUCUACACACCUGGAAGUUUUAAUAAAUUGCGACGUUCAAAUCAAGGCACCGAAGAUACCCUAUGCGAUCCUGGAGGAGUUAAUGUUCCUCAGAAUAAUUUCGCCCCUACAGGCGAAUUAACAGCAACCACACAGAAGAGUUCUAAUCAAGACCAACAAAAAAGACCAAAGAAACCUGAGCGGGAACUGUAUGUUGUUAAACCAGCUGCUCAUGCUAGGGAGCAGCUUAAUUCUUCAAAUUUUCAAAAUCAAAACUUUGGUCAAGAGACAGGUGCAUUAAAUGAUUCUAAUCCCCAAAACGAUAGAAUGCGAAGAUCAAAGACAUACUCAAAUACUAGAAUCAAUCAUGAUAAUAAUAGUGGCAAAGGCAAUAGUGAAUGGAGAGACAAAUCGCCAAAUCGCAAUAAUUAUAGAAUGGGCUCAGAGCCUAGAGGAGGCAGUAAUGGUCCAGGCUGGUACAGUGAUCGUCACAGGGAAAGGGACACAAGAAGUGUUGAACCAACAGGAGUUGGUUAUAGGAACAAUAAUCCAGAUGGUGGCAGAAUUCAGUCUAAGCCGCCUAGCGGUAGAAGGCACAGUACAACCGGGACUUACUUCUAUAAUGAUCAAGAUAAGAGAAAGAAUUUCCAAAAACUUCCACCAAGAUUAAAAAAGAAAUUUAUAAAUGAAAGUGGAUUGACUGCAGAAGAAUGUGCCUGGUUGGAUGACAGUAUUAGUUAUCCCGAUAAUGUUCAACCUCAACACCAGCAAGAUAGCUAUAAUCCCGUAGAUUCAUACAACACUCUUCCUCAUAGCACAGCUUCAUCACAUUACAGUAAUUUUUCUGUGGGCUCUCACACUUUACCAAGUCGACCUCGUGGAAGAGGUCGAUUCCAUCAUCCAGAUUCGGAAUUUAAACCUGGACCUGCUUUUAGAUCUGUUACACCGGAUAUACCCAACACCCACAGAAGCCCUGCAAAUUCCCGUCCUGGCACACCUACUAAGCGCUUUGAUAAUAGACCUCCUAGUCGCCCCCCGAGUUGUUCUCAAACACCACUUGGCCACUAUGAGGAUAACAAAUAUUCAAAUGAUUCUUGUGGAGAUAAUAGGGGGGCUAAACAUAUUGCUUAUGACGAACCCAGUAGGGGGGCUAAUAAAUGGGGCAGUAGAGCUAGCGAGCCAAGGCAUUUAGAAAGAGAUGACAGCAGCCAACAGGAAUCAGUUCAGAGGAAAAGUGCUAACAACAGAAAUAAUACUCGAGGCAAUAUCAGAAAUGAUGGACGAGAUGAUACAAGAAAUAAUAGACAACGAUAUAAUGAUAAAAAGGACGAGAGAAGAAAGCGAAAUAAUUCAGAAAGAAGAACAUCUAUUCGAGAUUUUGGCAGGAAUGAUACCAAAGAAUCCCUUAUAAUCAGCAAUGACAGUAACAAAACAGCUACUAGUGAGUAUGAAGACGAAAAUAAAAUGCCACAACCGACAAGUUUUGAUCCAACUUGUUUUGAGGAAGUUAAGUCGAAUUCAGGCGAACCAUUAGUGGAAACCAAUUAUGAGGUCAAUACAGUAAUAUUGAGUGGGAAUAGAGACUAUUUGGAUUGGAAUGAAGAAGUCGAGUUGAACCACAGACUUGAAGCUGAAGCUUCCCAUGACACAAUAACAGGAAGCUCUUCAUUGACUAGUUUGCAGGAGAUAAGCACAAAGUCAAUAGCCUCUACCUUGGCCUCUACUGAUACACCUAGCUCAAAAAAGAGGAAAAGUGGCAGGAAAAAAAGUAAGCAAAGAAGUGAUAGUGGCUGCAGAUAUAAAACUCCAACCAAUACUAGGGAGAGAAAAGAUUCAGUGACGAGUGUAGAAAGCCGUGAUAACUUUCAGAUGCCUUUUGAUGAAGGGCCCAAUGGCAAUGGACGCAGAAGAACACGAUCAUCCAGGAACCACAGGGAUUUAAGUUUUGACAGCUUUCGAAAUAAAUCCCAAGGUCCAAGUAGGGAUGCUAGUUUUGACAGAAAUCAAGAAAAUUGGCGAGAUGAAAUUAUUCGAAGCCGCCAAAACUCGGAAAGAGAAGGUUCCAGUAUGUCUCGUCGUCUUAGUAAGGAUCGCAGCAGAAAAAAUUCCGAGUACGAAGAUCAAAUAGUGGAAACGCCAUCAAAAAAAGGUGGUAUACUAGCAUCGACAUCAAAUUCCCCAGAACCGACUUUACCACAUACAGACCGCCCAGUAUUUCCCGAUUUAGACAUGAAGGAGACUCAAUACAAGACUCUUUUUGAUCCUAAGAAUCCUAAUAAACCCAUUUUGGUCAAAUCGCCCGGAAAUAGAAUCGCAGUAGCAGUACCUGGAUUUUCAGAAAGUAAUUUAUUAACACCGAAACUGCAUGCGACUGAUUCAAGUGGAAAGGCUAUACCAACCUGGUAUAAUGAAUCUAGUGAAGAUUUCCAAUCGUCACAUUUCCCAGACCUGCUCAGAGACAUAAAACGCGCUGACGCCGAGCUUCAAGUUAUCUUGAGUAGUGGCUUACUUUUAGUAAACUACGAAUUUGUAGACAAUUUGAGACAAUUUCUGAAGAGCGCACUGGAAUUUUUGGUUUGUAAAGCCAUCAAAUUUUGCCAGAUCACCAACGUGGAGCAACAUAUUUGGAAAAUGUUAUAUUAUAAUAUCAUCGAAAUAACCAGAAAGGCUAUACUGGAGGAUCCGGAUAAUAAGGAACAGUAUAAAGGGUUUUUACUGUUUCUUAUUGAUGAAGGCAUGACAUUUUUCGAAAAUCUAACCGCCACACUGGAAGACACUUACAACUUCAAAAUAGUGGAUUAUAUAGGGAACAAUAGCAUGGCGCAGCCAAAAGGCCUGGGCUUUACUAAGCUGGCCUUAGUUUCAACACAAAAAAUAUUUUUGUUCAUUGGCGAUUUGGGAAGAUACAGGGAGCAGGUCAAUGAAACGGCAAAUUAUGGAAAAUGUAGACAAUGGUAUAUCAAAUCCCACGAAAUUAACCCAAAAAAUGGAAAACCGUACAAUCAAUUAGCUGUGCUGGCAGUAUAUUCUAAAAGAAAAUUAGAUGCGGUUUACUAUUAUAUGAGAAGCCUAAUGUCCUCAAAUCCAGUUCAAUCUGCCAGUGAAAGUUUGAGUUGUUUGUUUUAUGAGAACAGGAAGAGGUAUGAACAAAACGAAAAGAGACGAAGAGAGGAGAGAUUAGAACGCCAUAGACAACACAUGAAAGAAAAGGAAUCGGCAAAACAAGGCACGCUGAAUUUCUUGCGUAAAGAAACUUGGAUACUUCCUGAUGGUAGCAGGAGACAGCACAGAACCUCGCAGGCUUUCCAAGAGGAAAUGCAAGACUCUGAAGAAGAAGAUUUGGCUUCUUUGAGUAGCGUAAAUGUCAACAAAAGAUUUAUAACCAGUUAUCUUCAUGUUCAUGGAAAAUUGAUAACUAAAAUAGGAUUGGAUUCUUUUCACGACUCAGCGAUGCAAAUGUUGAAAGAAUUUCGCGCCUUAUUGCAACAUUCACCAGUGCCUUUGCCAUGUAAUCGAUUUUUGCAAUUACUAGCCCUCAAUAUGUUCACCAUAGAGUCUACUCAACUAAAAGAUCCAAGCCUCAAUUGUUCACCAACGUACCGUUCAGAGUUGCAAGAACGGGCACUCAUAAUUUCACUGCAAAUGUUCAACUUGAUUUUGGAACAAUGCGUAUGUAUUCUUCAGGCACAUUUUUAUGCCUGUCUAUGCGACAAUAAGUCAAAAUCGCCUUUGGAUACUUUACCACAUGACGCUAACGUUUUACUUCCUGCCGUUAAAGUUUGGUGUGACUGGAUGUUGUGCCAUGCUUCUGUGUGGAAUCCACCACCUAAUACAGGAGAUUUCAAAUUGGGAUCAUCUGGAGAUCUUUGGUCUCGAUUGGGUCUACUAAUGAAUAUUUUAGCACAAUUGCAUCCAGAUUCUUUGGAUAUUUUUGUGAAUGAACCCAGAGAAGGCUAUGAACUAGUAAGACUACCAGAAGACGCCACCCUCUCUGGUUUCACGCCACUUUUCCAUGACCGUGAAGCUUUCUUCGCACCAAGUGACCUCGAUCCGGAAACUGCUCAACUGAGACUGAGAAUUUCAAAGUUGCUGUUUUUCGGAACUGUGUACCUAUGCGGUCUGGAACCGCCUGUGCUAAAGUUGGAAAUAGUCGAUGGUAGAAAAGAAUAUGUUUCGGUCGUGGAUUGUAGUAGCUCGUGCCCAGAGUCGCCCAUAGAACAGGCUCUUUUGAAAAGACAUAGUGAAAUAUUGCUAGAAACAUUCAGUGGAGACGAAGAAGAAACUGUAGGAAGUGAACUGACAGAAAAAGAAGCUACCUCUUCACUUGCAGAUUCUUUUGCAGUUGAAGACCUUCUAAAUAGAAAAGUUGAACUAGAAGAGAAAAAUAAGAACCAAGAGUUACAUCUGCAUCAAGUAAUGAAAAUCCUGAGCCAAUCCAUCGUUAGUGUUUAUCUCGAAAUCCGACCAAAGUACCUAGUUCCUGACACUAAUUGUUUUGUCGACCAUUUGGGCAUUAUUCGGACUUUAGCCAAAUCCAAUUUGUUUACGUUCAUGGUACCAAUUGUAGUAUUAAGUGAACUAGAAGGCCUCAGUAAAGGCGUUCCAUUAUUCGCACAAGAUAAAAUGAACCCAGAGGUGCCAGAGGCCUCUCGAAGGGCCUUAGAGUUUUUGAAAAUUCGUCACGCAUCUGUUAAAUGUGUCACUACUAAUGGUGCUAUUCUGUCGACGACCAAUUUUACCACGGAAGAAAGUGACUCGUGGGAUGGCACAACGAAAAACGACGAUAAAAUACUAACAACUUGUUUAAUUCUUUGCAAGGAUCAUGUCAAAGAGGAACAAAAUGUCACUGCUAGAGCAGGGGAGCCACGUCAUCUGUUUCGAGAUGUAGUCCUGUUGACGGAUGACAGAAACCUUCGCGUGAAGGCGCAUGCGCGCGACUUACCAGUACGCUCGCCACCCGACUUCAUGCACUGGGCUGGCGUGGGAGAUUAAUUUGAACCGUGUGCAAAGCGGCCGCUUUUCAGGCCACAUAUUGGUAUGCUCUUGAUAUAAGGGGAUUCCUGCUGUCAGAAAACUAGGUCUUAGAUGGCAAUAAAAAUAAAAUCAAAAAUCGAAUUAGGCUCAUGCAAAAUAAUAAAAAAAAUUUAAGAGUUCUAGUUUACAUUUGCGCACGGUCAUUACUUAAAUCAAUCAAAGCACAUAGAUGCCUAUACUAAUAUUAUUUAUUAUUUAAGUUGUUUCUUGAAUUUAGUUUUUAAUUAAUUUGGGUUGUGAAACUCAUUCUCAUUGCAAUUAAUUUACGUCACAAUUUAUUAGAUCAAAAACUAAUCACUAGACUUUGCUCAUGCUGUUGAGCAAUAAAUCAAUGAAACAUUUUCCGACUGGGUUUGGCUAUUUUUCCCAUUAGCAGAGUUGAACCGUGAACCUCAAGGCUUAAAAACGAAAAAUUGAAUUACAGCUUAAAUACUUGAGCAAUAUUUCCUUAUUGUUGGUAGCUAUUUUCAUGGUUUAUCAUUAGCAAGUUUCAUAGGAACGGAUGAAAUUAAAUUUGCAGGAAAAGUUUUGUGGCCUGGCGGCAAAGUAAUACGUUAUAAACCAAGAGUUUAUUGUUAACGAGUUUGCCAUAGCCAAAGACUAGGUACUUACUGUAUCUUAUUUUUAGUACCAGAGCCAAUUUUAAAUAAAAACACAAGCAUUGGGAAAAAAUGGUUAACAUUCCUAUUGGCCGCAAAAGAACAUUUUAUAGAGAGGCAGCUACAUAGUGCAUAGCAACUGUCAUUGUUGUCUUCUGUGCAUUUGCACCAACCAAAAGUUUUUUUUUACAUGUACAUAGCUAGCUGGAUUUUAAUUUUUUGAUUUUUCUGGCUAUCCUAAAUAUUUUUUCUGUAUAAAAUUUUUUUACAGACUUUCACUGAAUGUAGGGUUAAAUUCCUAAAAUUGUGACGUAAACAUAUCUUCUUGCCUCGCGUAAGUACUUAUAUGUUAUAAUUAUUGUUUUAAUCAACUUUAGUUUUACGCAAAUAUAACCAAAAAUUUAAUGCUAGGUACCAACUUUUAAAAAUAUUAUUCUAUUUGAGUAAAAUUUAGAAGACAGCGCAUAUUCGAUUACAUUAUUUUGUCUGAUUUAAAUGGGGUGAGAGCGCUAAAGAAAUCUCAGAAUGAGCUGCUCUAUUCCCGUUUGCGAUCAACUUCCAAUAAUUUUUGUUAGUUUGAUAAUAGUGCCGUUGCAAUCAAUCUCAAGUAUUUUUUUUUAUGUUUAAUAUUAGUUCAGUCAACCUUGUUUUUCUUUGUGACUUUGAUAAUAAUAAUUGUGCUGUUCAACAUAAACAAAUAUAUAUAAUAUAUAUUAUAUAUUUUUUUUUUAAAUAACUAAAAAUGUGUUUUUAAAGGUGCCAUUAGUUUGUAUUAAGUUUAAGAUAAUAACUUUAUUCUAUGUAUACCGUUUUUUUCUUUUCAAUUAUUGUUAGUGUUUUAUGUGCUAGUUAUAUUGAUCAUUUUCAUAUGACAUCCUCCUCGACCUCCAAAAAUAGUCAGGGUAAUGAUAAAAUUGGCUGUUUGAAAAUGAUCAUUGUACUUACUUUUUUUUAUAGUUUUAAGAUUUUCUACAUUAUACAUCUCUUUUUUUUUUGAACUGUAUGACUGAUACAAAAUUAUAUGUUAAAAAAUUUAAUAAAGUUGUUUUUCCAAUGUCUGUGCUCAGGAAUACAUUGUAAAUAAAAAUAUUUGAAUUUGAA